CGCUCCCUCGUUCACUCGUCUUCAUGAGGACCAACCACCUCCCUCACUCUCCUGCAGCCGCACACGCUCCUCUACCACAACAAGGAUGUACGGUGCUGUGGGUGUCUGUGUGCUCCUGGUCUCUCUCUCCGUGUCCUGUCUCGCUCGCCCGCGCUCCUCUCUGCCGCAGGAUGGGGGCGAUGUUCUCCCUUCUCAGAUGGAGGCGGGUCUGAGGGUCUCUCGCUCCGACAGCCCACUCAAAACCCAGCCCGUCCCCGACGACCAGGGAGACCCCCGUGCCAACCUCAGCGAGCUGCUGGCCAGACUGAUCUCCAGGAAAGGUUCCGUUCGUCGUAACUCCACGGUGAACAGCAAGGCCGGCUCGCUGACCGCCAACCACCGGAUAAAAGACCGGGAUUACCUGGGCUGGAUGGACUUUGGCCGCCGGAGUGCUGAGGAGUAUGAAUACUCUUCAUGAGGAACCAGCGCGGCGGCCCGACUCACCGUCACAAAUAAAUCAUAUAUUUAUUACUAUUCUUCUUCUUCUUCUUCUUACAAUGAUGAUGAUGAUGUAUUUGAUGUACAUUUGUUUGUAAAUUGAUAUGAUGCAAUAUACACUCAUGCCAAAUUUUCCAGAAACGUUCCUCUCCACGUUUUUGUAGUGUUUUUCGUUGAUGUUCUGUCUUUGGGUCACCAGGGAAGAGUCCAGCUUAAGCCACGCCCCUCUCUGAUGUGUUACAAUAAAUCAGGUCAGCAUUCGACUUUGGCCUUAAACGC